AUGGCUUUCAGGAUUGUGAUCACAGCCAAUAACACACACGAUAAGAAAGAUAUUUUCCAAGAUUUAUCUAUAAGCAGCAAUAAACGCAGUAAACAAGGUACACAAGGCUCACAGUGUAAAGAUAGCAGAUUCGGCGAUAUAACAAUUAGUUACAUUGAUCCACUGUUAUCAGAUCCGUUCGAAGAACUAAAGAACUGUGUUAAUAGCGCUAUAUUAAGAGAAAUUCCUUCACCAGGCACUUACAUGGAAUUCAACAACUGCGACCAAGGUACAGUUACAACACCUUCACCACCAAUCGCAAAAUAUUAUCCAGCAGCAUUCGAAGGAAAUGUUGAAGUAAGCGGUAUUAUUCACCUUUAUAAAGAUUCGUUAUCACUUGAAGAGAGCGAUAAUGACGCUAUGAAUGAGCUCAAUUUCAUUCAAACGUCUUCAAGUGCCGCUCUUUCCUCAGCUGAGAGGAACUCUGUCGUUGGAAUCUUAGCUGUACCUUCCUCAAUGUCCCCUUCAGACUUGCUCGAAUUCAUCAGACCCGCCCUCGACGCUAUUUCACACAUACGUAUUCUCAGGGAUGCUGCUCCGAAUCGCUUCAUUACUGUUAUUAAGUUUAAGGAUUUUAGAGACGCUAUCGAGUUCAAAGAUAUGUAUGAUGGUACUCCUUUCUCCAGCCUUAACGAGGAAAUAUGCCGUGUCGUUAGAAUAUCUUCAGUUGAAAUACAGCCAGAUUCCAGCAACAUGAAGCCUUCUUCAUUCGAACUGAGUGCAUCUGAUGGCUGGAUUAGUGGUGCAAAUCAGUCUAUCGAGCUACCAACCUGUCCUGUUUGUCUCGAUAGAAUGGAUGGCUCAGCGACAGGUCUGAUGACUAUACCCUGCAACCACAGCUUUCACUGUACCUGCCUUUCAGCAUGGCCUAACUCUAGAUGUCCAGUAUGUAGGUAUUCUCUGCCAAAGUUUCAGCCAGAGUCAUCUUCUCAACCAACGCAAUCGCAAUCUAGUCAAACACAAUGUACAAGCUGUGGAACUUACGAUGAUCUUUGGAUAUGCCUUAUUUGUGGUCAUGUUGGUUGUGGUAGAUAUGGCCCUGGUCACGCAUAUCGUCAUUAUGAGGAGACUACGCAUCUCUUUUCACUCGAUCUAGCUACACAGCGUGUUUGGGAUUAUGCAGGUGAUGGUUACGUUCAUCGCCUUAUUCAAAAAUCGGAUGGAAAGGUCGUUGAGCUUCCUUCUGCUACGUCUUCGUACUCUCAACUCGCUUCUAAGAGCAAGCAAAGAGAUAAUAAUCCUGAACAAGACGAAGAAGGGAUAGAGAAGAAGGGUAGUGGAGCUGAAGAUGAGAUGGUCGCUUUGGAAUUCUCUGCUUUAUUGGCAUCUCAGCUGGAAACUCAAAGGUAUUAUUUUGAAAACAAGCAGGCAUAUCUCAAUGCACGUGUGGAAAGCCUUGAGAUGGCCAUAGAAUCACAAAGGAACAUGGUUGAUCCCGAAGAAGGACUUAUCAAAGAAAACAAUAGACUGGAGAAGAAGGUCAGCAAGUCUGCUGAAAUAUUACAUUUCGUACGUAAGCAAGCAGAUGAAGAAAAAUCAUUUUCAAGGGGCUUACUUGCGCGGAUUGACAAGCUAAUCCAACAGAAUGAAAGUCAGAACGAGAUAAUAGCUGGAUUAUCAGCUGAAAACACAGAAUUGAAGGAGAAUGUUAGGGAUCUAAUGUUUUUCGUGGAGGCAAGGGAGAAAGUACCGACACUAGCAGAGGGAGAAAUGGCUGGUGGAAGCGUAGGCGUUGCACCGCCACCACCCUCGUACAGCAAGCAAAAAAAAAAGAAGAAGAAGAAGGAAAAGAAACCACCGCAAGGAGCAUCAGCAUCAGAAUCAACGACAAAGCCAGCAUUAACGCCACCAAAUUAA